GGGUCUGAACAAAACAGGGUAAGUGAAAAACAGGGGCGACCUGAAAUUUAUUAAGAACACAAAACAAAAGAAUAGAGCAAAUAACAUGGGGAGAACAUUGAACACAAUUUUUCUUGUAACUGUUGCCAUUGCAGCUUUGUUUCAAAUCUCGUUAGCACAAAGGGAUUACGUUGUCGGGGAUGCUUUAGGUUGGGUUAUACCACCAGGUCCCUCUGUUUACGCCACUUGGGCCGCCAACAAGACUUUCACAGCGGGCGACACUCUCGUUUUUAAUUUCCUUAAUGGAUCGCACGAUGUGGCGAAGGUGACGAAGGCUAAUUUCGAUUCUUGUAAUGGUGGGAACGCGCUUCUUUUACUUACGAAUAGCCCUGCCAAUGUUACACUCAAUGAGACCGGGAGUCAUUAUUUUAUCUGUGGGUUUUCCGGCCAUUGUGGUGCUGGGCAAAAACUGGCGGUAAAUGUUAGUGCUGCGGGUUCGUCUCCGGCUCCUCAGCCGUCAGCCGCUCCCCCUCGGGGUUCUUCUCCGGCUCCUUUGCCGUCUUCACCUUCUCCGGCGCCUGUCUCAGGGCCAACUCGUUCUCCGACUACUUACACUGUUGGAGAUAACUUGGGUUGGACUGUUCCUACGAGUGGUGCUUCAACGUACCAAACAUGGGCUAAUGGCAAAAACUUCAUGGUUGGGGACAUUUUAGUUUUCAAUUAUGUCACUGGAACACACGACGUAGCCGAGGUUACAAGAGCAGCUUAUCAACCAUGUAAUACAAGCAACCUACUUUCAAACUUCACCACCGGUCCGACAAGAAUCACUCUUCAAACCGCCGGCGAGCAUUUUUAUAUCUGCGCCGUCCCCGGUCACUGCGCCGCCGGUCAAAAACUGGCCAUCAACGUCACUGGUAGCUCAACAGCAACCCCACCGUCACCUUCACCUACACCUUCACCAUCACCAUCGACGGCAACACCACCAUCCUCUUCCUCACCAUCACCUUCAACGGCGCCACCCCCUUCCUCCACAGCCACUCCCCCUAACCCGUCGACGCCAUCUCCCGCUGGAGAUAAUAACAACACCCCAUCGACGGCAGGCAACUCGGCAACAUCUUUGAGUGUUGCAAGUCUCACAGCUACUUUGCCAUGUCUCAUUGUAGCUUUCUUAAUGUGAUUAAAAAACUAGGAUUAAUAGUUUGCCAUUGUUCUUUGCCAUAAAAGUUUUAGGUUUGAGAUUUUUUUUAUUUGCGCGUCACAAUUACAUAAAUUUUUAAUAUUUACCAUUUAAUUAAUUCUCAGUUGAUUUUUAUAAA